CUAAUCUUCAACCCAUCCCGAUAAUCAAACCAAUUCUUCCAACAAAAACUCCUCACGAUUACAAUCAUGAAGUCUAUUACCGCUAUCCUCUCUCUCUGCCUCUGGCACAUAGCCAGCGCAACACCCGUCAUGCCGCCAAACUCAACAACCAUGUAUCCCCGAGAGCCGCUCUCCAGCCACCCCGUCGAGCCUCCCGCCCACGUCCGCAACACCGCCGAAAACAUCCGAGCCGCAACCCGCAAGGCGCGCGCCGGGGGAUACGGUAACACCUCGGCCGAUGAAAAACGAACAGUCCACAACUACACCUUACCAGGCGCCCACUUCCCCACGCGAGACGUCAGCCUCAAAUCCCACUGCAAGCAGAACAGCACCAGCUUCGUCGACACCACGGCCUCCGGGUCCCCGCCCACCGCCCACUGCGCCGCCCUCGUCGACCAGAUCCUGCGCGACAACGCUAACCAGACGUGUGUCACGUUCGGGCUCGCGCCGAACAAUAGCACCGCGCACAGCAACACGACUACCAAUCUGAUCGCGUCGUCUGGGAAGUGCGCGUUUAGCGUGACGGUGGACACGGCGGCGGUGGCGAGUACGUUUAUUGGGAUUGGGGACGUGGUGUUUGCUGUUCAGGAGUCUAUUCGGCGGUUUUCUAGGAACUAUGGUCAUGGCAAUGGUAAUGGGACUAUGCAUGCUGAGGCUGAUGAUUGUGGGAAUACUGUUACGACUGGCCCGGUGAAUGGGACUGCUGAUGCUAGGGUUGGUGGUGCGGGUGCGUUUGAGUGUGGUGCGAGUGGCACGACGCGUGGGAAGUUUGUGAAUUGGGCGCUGGUUCACGUUUAA